AAGCCGAAAGGCCCGAAAAUCCCCCAUAUGGCCAUACCCGUGUUGAAGUCAAAGUCACCAUUUUCCUCUUUCUUUUCCCAACUUCAUGAUCUCUUCUCCUUGUCAAAAACAACCUACCCUUACGUUUUGAGCUUUUUUCUCUCUCCUUUGUUCUAACAACGAAAACCCACAUCGGAAAAAUUGUUUUUGGUGAAGGGUUUUGCUUGUUUUUUCAUCUUUAGCUUAUAAAGUUUCAAUCUUUAUUGUUAAUAUGGCUGCUCAAGAUUGUUGGGUUCUGUUUGUAAUUCUUGGGUUCUUGUUGCAAGCUCAGGUACUUGUUUCUCAGAACCUGACAUGCAAUUUUAAGGACUUGACUGCUCUUCAAUAUUUCAUGGGAAAUUUGACAACGAAACUUGAAGGUUGGACCAUGGAUUCAUCGACCGAUUGUUGUGGCUGGGAAGGGAUAACUUGCGAGCCUCAGUCUGCCGGUAGAGUAAUCAAGUUGGAGCUUCAGAAGAAAAGAUUAUCAGGCAAAUUAUCCGAUGCUUUGGCUGGUUUAGAUCAGCUUAAAAUUCUCAAUCUUUCCCGCAAUUUACUUAAAGAUUCGUUGCCACUGUCUUUGUUUCGUAUGCCGAAUUUGGAGCAACUUGACUUGAGCAAUAAUGAUUUUUCUGGGCCAAUCCCGGAGAGCAUCAAUCUUCCUUCAAUUCGAAGCUUUGAUAUUUCUUCGAAUUACUUUAAUGGUUCCCUCCCUUCCCAUAUAUGUGUUAAUUCUUCUCGAAUUCGGUUCCUUGAUAUGGCAGUGAACUAUUUCUCUGGUGAUAUUUUACCUGGGCUUGGAAAAUGCUCUUUCUUGGAAGAACUUAAUCUUGGAACAAAUCAUCUCACUGGUGGGAUAACUGAAGACAUCUUUCAGCUCCAAGAUUUGAAGCUUUUGGGGCUUCAGUAUAACAACCUUGGUUGGAAGCUUAGUCCCGGUAUUGCUAAUCUCUCUAACCUUGUUCGAUUAGAUAUUUCUUCGAAUAAUUUUUCUGGAGAGAUCCCUGAUGUUUUUGGUCAGAUGAAGAGUUUUCAGUUUCUUGUAGCCCAUUCAAAUAGAUUUAGUGGUAGAAUUCCCAGUUCAGUAUCCAAUUCUCCAACUAUUAGUUUGCUGAAUUUGAGGAAUAAUUCAUUGGAGGGAUUUAUAUAUCUUAAUUGCUCAGCUAUGGUUGCUUUGAAUUCUCUGGAUUUGGCUACCAACAAGUUCACCGGGCCUGUGCCAGAUAAUCUUCCCUUGUGCAGACAGUUGAGGAAUGUCAAUCUUGCCCGAAAUAUUUUCAGUGGCCAAAUCCCUGAGAGCUUCAGGGAAUUUCAUAGCCUCGCUUAUCUUUCAUUCUCGAAUUCGAGCCUCCGUAAUAUCUCCUCUGCUCUUCAGAUUCUGCAGCAGUGUAGGAACCUAACUGCUUUGGUUCUUACCUUGAAUUUUGCCGGUGAGACUGUUCCUCACGAUCGUAAUCUGCGAUUUGGAAAGUUGAAGGUUCUUGUUAUUGCGAGCUGUAAACUUAAAGGUUCUAUUCCCCAAUGGUUGAGAAGUAUUACGGCUCUUCAGUUGUUGGAUUUGUCUUGGAACCAUCUGGAUGGAAUGAUUCCGCCGUGGCUUGGAAGCUAUAGAGAUCUGUUUUACUUGGACUUAUCAAACAAUUCAUUUACCGGAGAGAUCCCGAAGAGCUUAACUGAAUUACCAAGCCUCAUUCAUGGAAAUAUAUCAUUGGAGGAACCUUCACCAGAUUUUCCUUUCUUCAUGAGAAGGAAUGAAAGUGGGAGGGGAUUGCAGUAUAAUCGAAUUAGGAGUUUUCCACCAACACUUGUACUUGGCCACAACUCUCUUAGGGGACCGAUUUGGCCCGAGUUUGGGAAUCUGAGAAACCUCAUUGUUUUUGAUUUGAAGUUCAAUAAUUUCUCUGGACCGGUUCCAGGAAACUUAUCCGAGAUGAUCAGCUUGGAGAUUCUGGAUCUGUCACAUAAUGACUUAUCAGGUACCAUACCACUUUCACUGGAAAGACUCAGUUUUUUGUCAGCCUUUAAUGUUUCCUACAAUCGGCUUAGUGGGAAGAUCCCCUCUGGAGGCCAAUUUCAGACAUUUCCAAAUUCAAGCUUUGAAGGAAACAAUCUUUGUGGUGAUCAUCUGUUCAAUUGUCAAGAAAAUGCAAGUGAAGGUCGUCAUGAGUCCCCAAAACGAUCAAGUAGCAAAGAUACCAUCAUUGGCAUGGUUGUCGGAGUCAUACUCGGGACAUCUUUUCUAAUUGGCCUUCUUUAUGUGCUUGUUUUGCAUACACAUAAACGCAAAGAGGUUGAUCCAGAGAAAGAGGAGCCUGACGCCAAUGGUAAAGAUUUAGAAGAACUCAGUUCAAGGCUAGUGGUGCUCUUCCAAAAUUGGGAAUCCUACAAAGAGCUUUGCAUUGAUGACCUUCUGGAAUCAACCAACAAUUUUGACCAAGCAAAUAUCAUCGGUUGUGGGGGUUUUGGUCUGGUUUAUAGAGGCACUCUCCUCGAUGGUCGUAAGGUUGCCAUUAAACGACUUUCCGAUGAUUGUGGUCAGAUGGAUAGAGAAUUCCACGCUGAAGUGGAAGCACUUUCAAGAGCUCAGCAUCCAAAUCUAGUCCAUCUACAAGGAUACUGCAUGCAUAAAAAUGACAGGCUCUUAAUAUACUCUUACAUGGAAAAUGGUAGUUUGGACUAUUGGUUGCACGAGAAGAUCGACGGACCUUCCAUGCUUGAUUGGGAAACAAGGCUGCAAAUCGCACAAGGGGCAGCUAGGGGUCUAGCUUAUUUGCACCAGUCAUGUGAGCCUCAUAUUCUUCACCGAGACAUAAAGUCGAGUAACAUUCUUUUAGAUGAGAACUUUAAAGCUCACUUAGCUGAUUUUGGCCUUGCAAGGCUCAUACUUCCCUAUGAUACCCACGUAAGCACUGAUCUGGUAGGGACAUUGGGCUACAUUCCUCCCGAAUACGGACAAGCUUCGGUUGCAACCUAUAAAGGUGACGUGUACAGUUUCGGAGUAGUUCUUUUGGAGCUCCUGACCGGGAAAAGGCCAAUGGAUAUGUGCAAGCCAAAGGAUACCUGGGAUUUAAUCUCUUGGGUGAUGUGCAUGAAGAUGGAAAACCAGGAGAGUGAGGUUUUUGAUCCAUUAAUCUAUUGUAAGCAGCAUGAUAAGGAAAUGUUGCGGGUUCUCGAAAUCGCUUGCCUUUGUUUAAGCGAAAGUCCGAAAGUUAGGCCUACAACUCAGCAGCUAGUUUCUUGGCUUGACAAGGUGGCGUCUAACGUUUGAUCGGAACUACACGAAACUCCCAUUGUACGGCUAGAAAAAACAGUAGAAAAUCGACAACUUUUCGUGGUAAUGAGGUUCUGUUGUGCAUAUUACUCCAGAUUUUGCUGCUCUCCAACAUGGAGCAGAAGCAACGCUUUGUAAGUUUUCACAUUCAAACUUAGUUUCUUACUUCAGUAUAUGUUAAACAGAUCAUAUGUACAUAUUUUUGUAUGUAAUGGUGGUUCAUAAUUGAUACGGAA